AUGUCGCCGCCCGAAGGAUCGAGCAGCAGCAAGAGUCUCCACGUCGCGUACUUGGGCCCCGAGGCUUCGUUCUCCCAUCAAGCGGCCAUCGGAGUCUUUCCACCAUCAACAGACCAAGCAGUCACACUACAUCCCCUGCCGUCCUUCUCGGCGAUAUUUUCUGCCAUUCAAAACUCGUCGGGCCCCGGAGACGGCAAAGGAUCAGAAGGACAGUCUCCAGCUCAAUCCCGCUCGAGACCCGAACCCGAGGAUUCAAUACACUAUGACUACGCUCUCGUGCCCAUCGAAAACAGCACCAACGGCUCCGUCGUACAAGUCCUCGACCUGAUCGCCCAGUGCGGGCCGGACGCCCCGGCGCUGUACCCAGACCUAGAAGUCUGCGCCGAGUACUAUCUCCCCGUGCAUCACUGUCUGUUUGUGUCACCUCGCGCUUCUUCGGAACACGCUCUGGUAAACAACACUGCCUCCGCGACGAGCCACGAUGGUGGAGAUCUUCAACUAAGACGAGCGAUCCGCACGCUGUACACCCACCCGCAAGUCUGGGGCCAGUGCGCGCGCUUUUUGGCCAAGCACUUCUCCCCCAAGGACGUGGAGCGCAUCGACGUCGGGAGCACUUCGGCGGCCGCCCAGCUGGUGGCCCGCGACGCCCAUUCGGCCACGUCCGGCGGGCUCAACGCCGCGAUCGCCUCGAAGCUGGCCGGCGAGAGGCACGCGCUGGUCUGUCUGGCCGAGAACAUCGAGGACGAGCCGGGGCGGAACACGACGCGGUUCGUCGUCGUGCGGAACAGGCGUGCGCGGCCCGGCCGACGGUCUAGAGACAUCGACGACGACGACACCGACAACGACACUGUCGACUUCGAGACGACGAAGCUGGUGGCAACGGAGGGCCGCCAAAGCCAGAAGCAGAGGCCCAGACGAUAUAAAUCGCUGAUCACGUUCACGAUCCCGCAUACCAAGCCCGGCGCGUUGGCCGAUGCGCUGGCCGUGUUCAAGAACUGCGGAUUCAAUCUCACGAGCAUUGACACGCGGCCGUCGCGGAAACGGAACUGGCAGUAUGUGUUUUUCGUCGAGUGCGAGGACGCGUCCGCCCCUGCGGCAGGUACGGAGGGAGAGGAUAAAGUCAUGGAGAUGCUGGACGAGUUGUGCAAGUUUACAGAGAGCUUGCGAUAUCUAGGGAGAUUCGUAGAUCGCCUACCCGAGCAAGAUGGUGACGGCAGGGACGGUUGA